CCGAAUCAAGUUAACCUUUAAAUAAUAAACAGGAAGUAGUAGAAAUGGCAGAAGUAACGCAGCUUCUUGACCAAGAAAUUCCAGAAGGUCGCCAACAUCUACAAGAAAGUUAUAUCAAUCUUGAUAAAGUUGCACAGUAUUGUAGGGACAAUUAUCUAAAGUCACCAGACAAGAAAGCAGCAUUAGAAGAAACCAAGAAUUACACCACACAUUCUCUAGCCAGUGUUGCCUACCAGAUAAAUAGUUUAGCUACAAACUUUUUAAAGUUAUUAGAUCUACAGCAAAAUGUUGUCUCUGAGAUGGAGUCCAGUGUGAACUACUUAUCACAGACAGUAAAUAUACACAAAGAAAAAGUUGCUAGGAGAGAAAUUGGUGUUCUUACUACUAACAAAAGUUCUACGAGACCCUUGGGUGUUAAAAAUGGAAUCAUUUUUCCGGAACAAGCAGAGAAACCAACAAAAUAUCAACGGAAAGCAAUUGACUUUUCCGUGUAUGAUGAAAUAGGUCAUGGAGUCAAGACUGGAGGUGUGCCUAGACAGCAGCCAAGUCGUACUCCAUCAGUGAGUAGUACACAUCAGCAUCAGGCUCCUCCCCCUCCUUCAGCACGGCCACCUACUCCACCCCAGACAGCUGCUCCUCCUGUAAAGGGUCCACCUCAAGGUCAUUACAGGACACCUGCACCACCAGUGGCGCCACCUUCAAUACCAAUGGCUGGUGGUCCAGGACCUUUUAACAGUGUUGUUGCUAGCAAUUAUUCCAUGGGACAGAUUACAGCCUUACCUGGACAGCAUACACAACACCAAGAGGGACAGAGAAGAGCAAGUGCCACAAGAUAUAGUCAACAGGGACCACCUCCUGUAGGCAUGGCACAUCCUCAGACCAGACCUUCUCAAGUUAUAUCACAAACUUCUAUUGGAUCGAGGCGUAGACAUGCAAGAGAUGCUUUACCACCACCGCCAUCUCCAGGGAUAGCUGGUAACACCAGGACCAGCGAUAUUUUGGAAGCUUCUCCACCACUGCCUCCUCCUCCAUCAACGGACCCAAAUUUUGACUAUCCAGCAGCGCCACCUCCACCCCCACAGUUUACAGAUGUUGAUGACCCACCUGAGGAUCCAUAUGCACCAACUGGACCCCUUAAUUUGCUGACACAAGAUUGGGUGCCUAACCAGUAUUUAGAGAAAGUUAUCGCUAUUUAUGACUAUGAUGCUGACAAGGCAGAUGAACUCUCCUUCAGUGAGAACUCAGUGGUCUAUGUUUUAAAGAAGAACGAUGAUGGAUGGUACGAGGGUGUAUGUAAUGGCGUUACAGGACUUUUUCCAGGAAACUAUGUUGAACCUUGCAUGUGAAAAGUGUCUGUGAAGAUUAUUUAGUUCCUUGAACCAAAAGUAUGAACAAAUGAAGAUCAUUAAAAAGUACUUACUAGACACAAUAUACAUGGAUUUAAAAAUACUUUAUUGAAAAUUUCAUGAAUUGACUGAUUUGAAACAGUAUGUUUUAUAUUUUUGUGUGGUGUAACUUUAAGGCAUAUCUUAACAGUUUUACAGCUAGAGGAAGGGUCUGGGUGGAGUUUAAACAAGAGAAUAAUGGCCCUUUAAAAAAUAAAGAAUGACAGAAAAAUAGGUCAAAAACUAAAGAAUAGAGAAAAAUUGGGGUGCUUAAAUAUAACAGAUAGUGAAUAAUGGGUAGAAUUUAUAAAGAAUAGAGAAAUAUGGCUUACAAAAUUACAGAAUACAAAUUAAAUGACCCCCCAUCCAACCCCUUGCAAAUGCUGUUAAAGCAUUCUAUAGUUCAGGCCUUGUCUUUUAGAGUACACAAAACAUAGUGCAGUGAGAUACACAUUAUUUAAAUCUUAGUCAUGCCAAUGUCACCCAUUUGUUUAUAUUAUGUACUCAGAUAUUCAAGUAACAAAAUGAUGUGUACUUAAAACUGACUUCUAUAUAUUGUUGAUUCAUAUAGUUUCAGGGUACCAAUUUUAAUGGAUUGAAUAUUUUUUUCCUGUGGAAAUUUAAUUUUGUGAUAAAAAAAUAAUUCAGCAUACAAGCUUAUAGUAGACUUGUAUUUUGCUAUAAAUCCUUAGAUGUUUUCUAAAAAAAAUAUGAAAAAAGUUGUACAGUUGAAUAGUAAUGAGUGACUUUUUCUGAGUAAACCAUUUAUAAAAGUAGAAUAUUUGUACAUGUACAACUGAAUUGACACUUAUGUUAUUGAAUGAUUAUGCUGAUAAUGAUUUUCUUCUGUAUAAAUUACCAAACUCAGAAUCUCAGUAGUUUAAUAAUUAUGACAUGUUGAAACAUCACCAAUACAAUAUUCAACCUUGUCUGUAGAAGUUGAAAAAUAUCCAAAUGUAUGUAUUUCAUGUAUUCCUAUAGUCACAGUUGACCUUACAAAGAUAAUGCAUAUAUGUUUCUCUAAUUUCUGUGCUAUUUUCACAUUUCCUGACCGAUGUGAGAACAAAUAUUUCUCCUCACUAGUGAAAAAUCUGUUCCCGGCACAUGAUUGGUUGAAAUUUAAUUAUGACGUUAAAUUUUCUUGUUUUUUCUAAAUUUUCUUAUUGUGAUGUCAUGAAAAAGGCGACCAUGCCUGAUGACGUCACAUCAAAUGUACACAAUUUUCCUCUAAUCUUUGAAAAGGAAGGAUAAAAGUCAUAAGAGAAACAGAUUCCACCUCUGUAACUCUAAUAUUACAAUAUUUCUCCACUCUCAACAGUUAUAUUUUAAUUAUUUAAAAAGCUCGGCAAGCCUCACGCUUUAAAUAUUAAAAUUUAACUGUCUUGAGUUGAUAAAUAUCGUAAUACACUUGUUGUAGUUGUGGAAUCUAUACUUAUCUUCCUAUUAAAACUCAUUAUCAACCAGUUAAAAUGAUAUAGAAUCAUAGGAAGUCUCUUGAUAUGUCUUGUAUAUACAUGAUUAUAUAUAACUUUCAAUAUAUAAUUGUCUAGGUGCUGAGAUUAGAAUGUAAUUAACAUAGAUUUUCCUUGCAUCUAAGUACAAAACAUAAAUCUCAUAGCCUUUUCUUUCCCCUGUAACUUCCAGGCUUGUAAUAUUAGUUCUACUGUCAAAUAGGUAAAAUUAAACAAAUGAAACACAUUUUAUGUUUGGAUUUAUAUUUAUUUUUGUAGAUCUACAUAUUAUGAAUUACAUGAUAUAAAUAUUAAUUAUACUGUAUUAUUAUAUUACCAUUUAGUGCAAUACUGAUUAAUAAAAAU